UUUUUUUUUUUUUUUUUUUUUGCAAGGAAAGACAAAACCCGGCGACCAAAAUCCAAACUCCAGGACGAAGAGAAGUGCGGCGUUCAGUCUUUCGUCUCCUGCGGUACACUUCCUUCACCGUGUCUCUCCAUACGGUGUCCCUGUCCGGCAGAUGUCCCGUGCCCCCCAAAAAAGGCUGAACCGUCCAAAGUCUCCUCCGGCGUCCUCCGUAGAUCGUAAAGACUUCCGCGUUUCCAAUCCCUUCUCCGUCGUCUCCCUUCUCUGGCUUUUUAGACAAUGCCCGUCAAAGAAAGAAAACACUGAACAAUGUUUCAGAGUGCAGCUGCUGCGAGGCUGUCUGACUGGAGUGUGUGUGUUGUGAGGGAGUUUUCGUGUGUCUGUCUGUGCUCUCGAUUUGUCUCUGCAGCAUCUCCGGGUCCUGCGGUGGUACUCCUGUACUUCAGUGACGGUGUGUAACAGCCCCGCAACUUUCAGUGUGUGUUUUUAGGCGUUCGUGUGCUUCGCCGUGACAUGGCAACCGUGUGACCUGCUGCGUCAGAAUCUGUUGCAACUCUAUCUUUUUUUUUCUUUUUGGGGGGGAGAGGAAUUCCUGGGGCGUGGCGUCGCCGGCCCGACCACGCCUCAUCCUCUUGCCCCGUAUCGGACUCCACGAGACGCUGUGGUCCCCGAUUCCUGUUUCCAGUUCUUGCGGAAUACGAGUGAGAACUUCCUCGAUGAAACUUGUUUGCGGUUCAUCGUUUGUCCCCGUUCUUUUGUCACUCGCUGCCCGUCGUUUUUUAGUUCCCCUUAGAUGUGUUGAUUUGAGUUGUUUCUCUGUGUCUCAUUGUAACGUUUCUCUUUUAUUUUAGGAGGAGAAGAAAGGACCGAGUCCUAGAAAGAGGAAGAAAAGGACUGAAGAAAGAUGAAAACUGUGUCCAAACUCUUUGGAGUGAAAGAAAUGGCAAAACAAAAGUUUAAAAAGUUCCCUCAACGGGAUUAAACUGAAGACAUAUGUGGAAUAGCAGAUCAUAUUGAAGUAUAGGGUUACUUUUAUUUGAAAAAGUUGCAAAAGAAGGAAGAAAGUCAGUUCCCUAAUAUCUUCAUCCCCUUUUUUUGUGAUAAGAGUAGCAUGGGGAAGUAUGUCUCGUUUGAAACUUAAAAAUAGCUCCAAUUACUGGCGCUGUUGUGUAAGGGCUGGGACAGCAGUAGGUGGGUGACAUGGUGAGACGGCCACCUGUACUGUCUGCCACAUUCACACAAAACACAGAGGGGACAGACUGCCUGUGGAUGAGUCACAGGCACGGCGAUAAAAGGUGCAGGGAACUUCCCUUUGGUUUUCAAACCCUUGGAAAAGAUCCAAGUCAGUUAAGGCCCGGCGCACACGAGAGGCACAAAGGGCCUCGUUGUGCGCAACCUCUCGGGAUGACGAGCGGCCGGGUCAGAGCGGCGCGUCACUCUUGAGGCGGUUGAAGAAGGGCGAGUUCAUGGUAACGAGAACCUCCGUUCCCUGACACACAGACUCCCCUUUCCCCCCCCACCUCCUCGCUCUCGGGGCUCCUAAUCUCAUAACUCGCGUUUUACGACACGCUGGGAUGACUCCCUCGCCCGUUCCUGGGGGUUUUUUCUCUCUGCUCCCAGCACGGUCGUGAAGGCCCGACUUAUAAUAAACUACGACCCCUCUCCCCCCGUGAAGAGGCACAUGCUGCUUUCUCAUUAAACACUCAGGUUUCUUGAGGGUCAAUCACAUAUUAGGCAUUCAUAUUUGUUUUAUUUAAAAAAAAUGCAUAUUAAACAUCUUAAACCAGCAAAUGAUUCCCUUCUUUUCACAUGUAUAGAAACUGUAGAGUAGAGUUAACAAUGUUUGGAGGAAAAGUUCCAAGGAAUGUAAUGAACAACAAGCAGUCAUUUGUUUAAAUAAAUCCAGAUUAGUUGGUUCUGAAGCCUGAAGCCAACAGCUGGACCAGGAAGUGCCACGACCAAAGUGACGCACAGCUGUUUAAAAAUAACAGCAGAUUGAGCAAACUUUCUGCCACUGUCAUCACAGUCGAAUUGGGUCAUUUAAACCGAUGGCUAAUAUUUACACUAGAAAUUCGUGUUGGAGGUGGUGCUUCACAAAGUACCUUCCUGUGUGAAACAUUUACCAAAAAACUGAACUUGCGAAGCAUUUCCUGUCAGAGUAAAUACCUGAUGGGUGUCUGGCGUCUGUUGGAGCUCUACUCUGUGCGGGACCAUUUAAAUGUUUCGCACUUAGAACUUGUUUCAGUCAGGAAGAUACUUGGUGACGCAAUGCCUCCAGCCUCUAUUUACCAUGUAGGUUGUCAGGUUGUUGUUUUUUUUUUUGUCAAAUGAAGGUUCAUUUAAAUUCAAUUUGAAGAAACUGUCACGUUUUGAGAUUGAACGUUCACUCGGUCCAUGGCUGCCUUGGACUAAUAAUCUGGAUUUAUUAUCAAUGCAGACACCAAGGGUGUAACAUAGUAAACUUCUUAUAAGUUUUUGACAGGCCGUCACUGAAAGAAAAUUGGCAAUUCUGCCCUUGAUGUACCAAUUUUCAAAUUUGCCACAAAUGCAGUUUGAAAAUGGAAGCGCCCCCACCGGCCUCCCUGGCACUGACACCGUCCCUUCAGAAUCAACAGAGCCGAGACAAAGGAGGAGGCAGGCGUAGUUUGAGGGAAACGCCUGGCUCCGGCGGAGCAGUGGGACCGGUCCGACGAGGGCCCCAGGGAGCCGGGGCUCCGCAGCAGCACCAGCAGUGCAUCUGCCGGCGGAAAGCUACCUGACAGCUGCUUCUCACACAUCAGAUAAGAUCACAGUGUUCCUUUGGAGAACAGAAACCUGCAGAUGGAGACGCUCGCAGUCUGACUUGGUUCUUUUCUUCCAGUGGAGUCUGACAGGAAUGAGCCAAUGGGCGUCGAGUGGGAGCGGUUUGAGUGAAAAACCAGGAUGGAGACAGGCGCCGAUUGGCUCCUGCGCCUCGAUGGGAGGGUAUAAAUGGACGCGGUCCGGCGUUGUUGUGUUUACAGUAAUAUCUCAGAGCGCACGGGAAACAGGGAGACUAUGAGAAAGCGCAGCUGCUCCAUUCAGCCACAUGGUUCCUCAACCGCACAGACAAGCUGCGCUGUAGACAGCCGGGCUCACAGAGGAGACUCGCAGCGGCGCCUGUUGAGCCUCGCAGGGAGAAUCUUCAGCCGCACCGGCAGUUGAGAGCCGAUCCGGGGGCCGCGCCGGCAAAAGUUCGGACACUCCGAGUGAACGCAAAAAGAAAGACAGGAGAAACUUGGAUCAACUUUUAUUUCUUAAGAUUUGCUUCCAACUCAUAGCUGAGGAGAUUUUUUAAAUAUAUUUGUUCCCCUCCUCUGUCUCUUCUACGCGCAUAAACUUCGUCACUGACUUGAGCGCUUCCCGACUGUUUGGAGGAGGAGAUGGUGCAGCACAUGAGCCACGCAGAGAGCACCCACGCUCACUCCCCCGGCGGGGACUCCACGGACACGGGAGACAUGGACCUGGAGAUGGACGCCUCUCCGGUCCCGGAGGGCUCCCCUUCCUCCCGGGAGCGCAGCGACCUGGCGUGGUGCAAAACCCCGACCGGCCACAUCAAGAGACCCAUGAACGCGUUCAUGGUGUGGUCCCAGAUCGAGAGGAGGAAGAUCAUGGAGCAGUCUCCGGACAUGCACAACGCCGAGAUCUCCAAGCGGCUGGGGAAGCGCUGGAAGCUGCUGAAGGACACGGACAAGAUCCCGUUCAUCCGCGAGGCGGAGAGGCUGCGGCUCAAGCACAUGGCCGACUACCCGGACUAUAAGUACAGACCCAGGAAGAAGGUCAAGUCCGGGACCGCGGCGGGCAAGCAGGCGGAGCGCGGGGAGAAGAGCGGGGAGCGCGGCGCCAAAGCCGCCACCGGCAGCAAGAGGAGCCCGGCGUCCAAAUCCGCCAGUAGGACGCUGAAACAGGGGAGCAGCGGCAAGAGCGCGGCGGCGCAAGAAUACGCCUCCGCGGUGUUUAAAUCCAGGUCGGCGUCCGGGGCCAGGCAGAUCCCGGAGAAGCGCUCAGGUUCGGGAGAGGCGAGGCGUGCCCACGUGUUCGGCGGGACGGGCAGCAUGGAGAGCGGGCCUCCCUCCGUGGGCGUCCCGGCCAGUCCCACCCUGAGCAGCUCGGCGGAGUCCAGCGACCCGCUCAGCCUGUACGAGGAGCACAGCCCCGGCUCCACCGCGCGCCUCAGGUACGCACGCGCCUCCUCCCCGACGCCGUCCGCCUCGCACUCGUCCUCCUCCAUAUCCUCCGCGUCGUCGGACGAGGAGUUCGAAGACGAGCGGCUCGACCUGAACCCGAGCCCCGGCUUCGAGAGCACCUCUCUGGGCGGGAUGGGCUUCUCCGACGCGGAGCUGGACCGGGACUUAGACUGGGGCUUCGGGGAGUGCGGGGCGGGAUCCCACUUCGACUUCUCCGACUACUGCACUCCGGAGGUCACCGAGAUGAUCUCGGGAGAGUGGCUGGAGUCCACCAUCUCCAACCUGGUGUUCACCUACUGAAUCAGCCCCCCUCUUCCCUCCCACGUAUGAACUCUUCUGUCCCUCUACAAGACAAGCCUGUGCGUCUAGAUAAGACGAUUUCCGCCAUUUUUUCACUUUUUGAAUAAAUAAGAGUGAAUAAAGGAAAGAAAAAGAGGCGACCUGCGUGCGCGGUGAAGCCCAGGUGCGCGCCGCUCAGACUUGGACAGCGCUCAGUGGCGCUUGACUGGAGGAAAUGCUUAGUUUGCAUUUGGAGAGGCGGAGGUAUGGAAUGUCAAACGUGCCACAAUUCAAUACAUAAGUAGGUUGGUAAAUAAAAAUCUAUAUACGUGAUCAUUUUUAACAAUAACAACAGAUACAUGAAAUAAGUAAGUGAGUGCAUCUGUGAUAUAUUAAAUUGCUUCAGUAAAAUCAUUUAAAUGUGGUAAAAUGUAUCUGCUUUCUAAAACCACAUAUAGUACAGGUAUUUGUAAUCAUUUCACAACCCUGUGCUGAAGUAGAUGAAGAAUUUACCUUUAUGUGCCAGCCUCACCCAACAGUCAGUAGGCGGGGCUAACACUGCUUUAGGCAAAAUGAUUGGACGGCAGUUGAGGCGUUGUGCAAGGUAAACAAUCCGAUUUCAGCUGGCAAGUUAUAGUCACAGUUUAAAUUAUUACAGUGACCUAAACAUGUAACAUUUGACAACUAUGUAUUUAAGUUUUAAUUAUCGAGAGCUUUUAAUUAUUGGUGCAUUUAAUGAUUUGUUGUCACAUUCAUCUUUAAAGAUAUUUAUGUUAUUUAUUUCACGUAUUUAUCGCGGCAUUCUUAAAAUCAUCAUGUAUAUAAUGUUUAUUUAGAAAAUGUAUUUAUUUAUUGGAUUGUGGCACUUUUGGCCCUCCCUAUUGAGGAGGAGUGAAUGUAAGCAGAGGAGCUGCAGAUGUUAAACUCAUUCCACGCAGGAUGAGGACUGAGACUGAACUUUUUGAGUCAUGAUAAGACUUUUUUUUUUUUUUUUUUUUUCCCUUUCGUUUUCUUUUUCUGUUUUUGGAACACUUGGAGAGCUCUCGAGUUCGGUUGUGUUUUCUAAGAGACAGCCAAUCCACACUGACCAUCAAGUUCAGGACAUUUUUCUUCUCCUCAAAACUCAACAUUUGGAGUAUGAACACGCAUGCUCUCCAAGAAGAGGAGGAAUUUUCUUAUUUAACGCGUAAAACAAAACAAAAAAAAAUGUUUGUCUUUGCUGCGUAACUACGCAUUUUGUGUGCGCAUAGGACACAAUUCACUAUCACCAGCUUCUCUCUCAACGGCAGGAUUUAAAACAAAGACUGACUUUAAACUUCAGAAACUUAAAAAAAAACAAAAAAAAAACACUCAGUGCACAAUUCAGGACCAAUGUUCUGCGCUUUCUCUCUGCCUAGUGCUUCAACUUUGUAGUUCUUGUGUCAGAUAUUCUUUCCAAAUAUGUACAGAGCCGGUCCAAGGUUAUAUUGGGCCCCGAGCAGAAUUUAAUAGGGGGCCCACUUCCUGUUGAGGUCACGUGCCCACCAACUACAACAGCAGGUCUAUUUCAUAUUGUAUAUGCUUGAUGCUUUUUUCCUCAGUAUUUGUUCUCAAAUUGGUUUUAACAAAGAGUCUUAAAGACACAGAUCUGUUUUUUUUUUCUUUUUUUUUAAUAAACACUGGGUAUUAGCUGUUGUAGAUAACUCAUUCAGCAAUUUAGUUUUAAUAUGAAAUGUCACAUUUUGUGUUUAUAAGAGCUGGGCAAAGAGUAAAAAGAAGUCCCAAAAAUUUCCACGCGGUUCAUACAAUAUUUUACAAACCAUAAAUCGAUGUCAUGUUUGUAUUGCCUUUACAACAAGCACAUUUUUUUAAGCUAUCCUUUAAAAUUUCAUAACAUAGUGGCAUUUUUUGGGGGGGGUGAGGGAGAGACCCCCGGCCAGCAGGGGGCACCAAGCAACCCACAUACCGCUAUGCCUUAGGCCGGCUCCGUACAUAUAUUACUACUAUAUAUAUUGAUGUAUUUAUACUGGCCAAACUUUUUUAUACAUAGAAGUAUUGUUCUCGUACAGGUCUCGUUUGUGUUUGUGCGCACACACACACACCUGUCUGUAUAUCCAGCGGCGGAAGGGCUAAGAAGUGUAUCUUAUUUAACAAAAAAAACCACACACACACACACACAAAAACAGUGUCCGACUCCUCUCACUUUCAAAGAGAUUUUGAGUGUGUCAUGAUUUUCUACUUGUAUUUUUGUACAAAAUCUAUAAAAGGGGGCAGCCCUGCAGCAUUGUCGUUCGCAUCUACAUUGGUGGUUUGGACGUGCAGAGGGGGCACAAUCUGACCUCACACAGUGUUUACAGUAUUUACCCACAUGCUUCUUAAAUGGCACAGUGACUCCAGCUUCACCAGCCGAGUAAACAAAGCGCCGCCGAGGCUCCUCCUGACUGUGUUUUCCAGUCCACGCGCAAGCAAAACACACUCAAAGUGAAAGAUCCCAGAUAAAGAGUCACUGUUUGGAUAGAGCUAAUACCUCUGUGUGCUUGGUUUGGUUUUUUUAUAUAUAUUUGGAGAUAAGUUUUAUUUGAACCACUGGACUCAUUCCACUUUUGCCUAGACUUUGGAGGGAGGAGGAAAUGUUUUUGAAGUGCUUCAUCUGUCAUUGCGCAAAUUGCAUAAAAAAUAGUAUUUAACCUUUUUCUGUACCUGUUGGCUACGUAUAGCAGGCUAUUUGUUGAAUUUUUUGUUUGUUUGUUUUUUUUAAUAUUAUGGCAUGGCAAAUAGCAUUUGUAUUUCAGAUUCAGGUAUAUGUAGCUAUAGCUGUUGUGUUUAAGAUUUUUAAAAGAAUAACAUGAAGAUAUUUAUGUAAACUGACUGUACUAUAAGCAAAGAUUGUGUGUUUUUAUGUAUGAUGAUCAAUGACAGGCACUAGGACGGCCAUCUUGGUGGAAGAUGAUUGUGGUCCAGGAGUUUCCUUUUAAAAAAAAAAAAAGGAAAAAAAAAAUCUAUUGUCCUUUUUUUUUAAUUUUUCUUUCCCAUUUGUGCAAUAUGUUGUGUUUGAUCAUGUUUUGUCCACUUCAGCCAAGAUCGUUUGAUGUCUUUUGCUCAAAAACCAGCCAACAUUUGGGUCAAUCACUGCCUCUCAGACCUCUGUACAGAUUGUCUUUUUUAAUUUUUUUUUCUUCCGAGAAGGAAAUAAAAUCAGCUGGAACUGAAA